CUCAAUAAGCGCGUGACAUGGAAGCUCGCUCCCAUCUGCUGUGCGGCCGCGCGCAAAAGGGCGCGCCCGAGUGUUGUAUCAAGUGUGCGAGACCGAAGGACUGCAUCACAGCUCAUUCAAUUCCUAUCCAGACGCCGACUAGCACAGAUACGCAACCAUGGCCUCCGGAGUUACAGUGGACGAGAAUGUGUUGACCAUCUUCAACGACAUGAAGGUCCGCAAGGCUCAACCCAACGAGGAGGAGAGGAAGAGGAGGAAGAAGGCCGUUCUUUUCUGCCUGAGUGAGGAUAAGAAGCAUAUCAUAAUGGAGGAGGGCAACGAGAUCCUGCAGGGAGACGAAGGAGAUCCCUUCACUAAGUUUGUCAAGAUGCUUCCUCCCAAUGACUGUCGCUACGCUCUCUAUGAUGCCACAUAUGAGACUAAAGAAACCAAGAAAGAGGACCUGGUUUUCAUUUUCUGGGCCCCAGAGAGCGCCCCUCUUAAAAGCAAGAUGAUCUACGCCAGUUCUAAGGAUGCCAUCAAGAAGAAGUUCACAGGUAUCAAGCAUGAGUGGCAAGUGAACGGUCUGGAAGAUAUCAAGGACCGAAAGACCCUUGCUGAGAAGCUUGGAGGUUCAUCAGUGAUAACUCUUGAGGGACAACCUCUCGAUUGAGGCUGACACAUUUCAGGGGUUAGCCGUUCAUUCCAACAUGGGUGGGGCAGGUGGGCCAGCACAACUGUUUGUGGGGCCACGGGGUGGGUUAAUGUGGGUGGGGAGGGUUGGGCAACAGUGACAGUUUCCAAAUUCCACACAUGAAAGAUGUAGGCUGUCAUUCCAGUUCACACAUACAAUGAACAAGAACAAAAACAUAAAAGAGAAAAAAAAAGAUCUUAAAAAAACAAAAAUGAAGGAUGAUGAUUAUAAAAACAAAGUAAUAUAACUGUAAAUGUGUACUGGCAGGUUUUCGUUCUUUCUGGGUUCCAUUGGAUUGUUGAAAGGAAAGAGUGAGACAGCAGCUGUUGCAAUUCAGCUAUACAACAUACUGUUUAAGAUUUAGAUUUUUUUUUUUUUUUUUUUGCCAAACGUCUAGUUAAGUUUUUCUAAGUAUGUGUGUUGAGACUAGGUAUAGUACAAAAUUUAUUCCAAAAUCACACACUGUUAUUGGAACAUUUUGGGAACAGUUUACUCUCCCCUUCCCCCCCUUUUGUUUUAUUUUGAUGCUCACACAUUGUUUUAAUAAUUUAAUCAUUCCAUCUGAUUUAAAUAUUUCCAAAUGUAAUUCAAAACCAUGGCACUGGUGUCAAGAAAUUGUACACAUUCCUUCUACCUGUAAAAUCUGGGACCUAGUGGAUGAGCGGUCUGUUUAUGAAUUGGAUUGAAUGGAUUGAUGGACACGUAUGAGGUUUAGAUGAGGAGCGAUUAUAUUUGGGCAGCCUGUGUACAGAGCUUUGAUUGAUAUUGGUCAGUGGAUGUUUUGUAUCGUCUCCUUAUCUCUAAUAAAAAAGCACUAAACAAC